AUGGGCAUUGACGUUGAUUUUCCCUUUUCAACACCUUAUCCUGCGCAGAAAGCCAUUAUGGCCAAAACAAUGGUCGCUCUGAAGCAAUCCGAAAACGCAUUACUUGAAUCACCAACAGGCACAGGCAAAACUCUUUCAUUACUUGCAUCAUCAUUAGGGUACCAGACAUGGUUACAGAGUCAAAAGCCAGAACCUCCGAAAAAGAUAGAUCCAGCAGCAUUGUACGGAGAAAAAUACACAGAGCUUGAUCCUGAGACAGAAGAAGAACCACAACUCAAAGUAUACUACACAAGUCGUACGCACAACCAACUCUCUCAAGUCGUUUCGGAACUUAAACGUAAAUUACCAACAUAUCGACCAAAAAUGGCCAUUCUCGCUUCACGUCAGCAACUAUGUAUCAACGACAACGUCAGAAACAAGCCAGAUAUCGAUGCAGCGUGCAGACUCGAGCACGGAACGAAACAUAAUUGUGAAUUUGGCAAAAGCAUGACAAUACCACGUUCUAUGAUGCCAGAUGGUGAAUACAGCAAAUACGACAUCGAAAACCUCAUUGAUGUCUGUCGAGAAGAAGUGAAAUGUCCGUAUUUCGUCACUCGAAAUUUGGCCAAACGCGCUGAGUUCAUUUUAGCACCGUACAACUACAUUCUUGAUGGCCGGAUACGAGGUACAAUGAAAAUAGAACUCGCAAACUCAGUUGUUAUAUUCGAUGAAGGACAUAACAUCGAAGGAAUCUGUAGAGACGCCGCAAGUCUCUCUCUCGACUACAAAGAAGUUUCUUACAUACAAGGAUACAUAGCAACACUCGCACAACGUGAAGAUAUGAGAUUACAAAUAGGAAAUACAUUGUUUCAACAUUUUCUGAGUAUCGGGCGGUUAUUUGACAAAAUUUUUGAAUGGUUUACACGGACGAUAGAAGAAUCACCAUGGGAACAGAACAGAAACAGGCAAGAAACAUUUUUCCAGUACCAAGAUGUCGAAAUGAUCUUGAGUGGCUGGACAUUGAACAAAGAGAGAUUUGUUUUGUACAAAGAAGACAUGGAAGAAAUCAUUUCGGCCAAUGAAAAAACAACAGGAGAUCAAGAUUCAAUUAUUCCUACAAUUGUUGCUGCAAUUUUAGGGAAAACAUUGACAACUUUGAAUUUCAUUUAUACAAAUGAUUCAAUCUGUGAUUUUCGAUUAAUUAUCACUGAUUACGAGAAAAACAAAGAAGAAAUUAAUCCGAAAUUAGAAUUAUUGUGUAUGAGUCCUGGUGUUGCUUUUAGAUCAAUUGUUGCUAAAACACAUUCAGUGAUUAUAACAUCAGGAACAUUGAGUCCUUUGACACAAUACGAAUCAGAAUUAAGAACAAAAUUCACUCACCAAUUAUCUGCUAAACAUGUCAUUGAUCCUUCACAAGUUUUAUCUAUGAUUAUACAAAGAAUGGAUGGAGUAGAAUUAACAAGUACAGCAAAAUCAUUAAAUAAUAAUAUCUACAAAAAAUUGGGUGAUAUCGUUUUAACUAUCGUUCAAAAAGUGCCAGAUGGAAUACUCUUAUUUUUCCCAAGUGGUUCAACAAUGCGGAAAUGCCUUGAAAUAUGGAGAUCAGAGAGUUUGUUGUAUGAAAUACAGAAGUUUAAACCUGUUUUCAAUGAAAACAGCGGAAAUAAGAAAAAAGGAGAAGGAGAUGCGUUUAAAGAAUACAGAUCAUCAAUUAACAAAGGAAAAGGUGGUUUAUUGAUAAGUGUUUGUAGAGGAAGAGUCAGUGAAGGUACUGAUUUCGCAGAUCGACAAGCGAGAUGUGUUAUUAUAUUUGGAAUUCCUUAUCCUUCUUUGUAUGCUCCUGAAAUUAUUUUGAAGAGAAAUUAUAAUGAUGACCACGCGAAACAGAAAAAUGUUGAGUUUGCUACUUCUGAUGGAAGUGAGUGGUAUUCUGCUCAAGCAUUCAGAGCAUUGAGUCAAGCAGUCGGUAGAUGUAUAAGACACAAGGAUGAUUAUGGAUCAAUUAUAAUGAUUGAUUCAAGAUUUAUGCAGGAAAGAUCGAAAUUUCCAAGAUGGAUGCAGGAUGGAUUGAAAAGAAAUCCAAUCACUUCUUUGAGUGAACUUGGUGGUCAACUCGCAAAUUUCUAUCAGGAUAUGACAAUGAGAUUCCCAAAUUCCGCGCAAAUCAUAGAAACUGAGAUAAAUGAAACGGAACCGUUAGUUGUAACUCACUCAGAUUGUCUCUCAAAAAUUGUAAGAGUGACAAAAAUUGACAAAACAAGUUCAUUCAAUUCUACUUCCUCUGUACUCAGAAAAUACUUCCUCGGUCAAAAUUCAGAGAAUGAAUCACAGGAACCUGUUGUUUUGGCAAGAGUUGGUCCAGGAGAAACAUCAUUGAUUGAAGGAAAGAAAAUGAACUACGAAUGGAGUUAUGAAGAUGGACUUGCUUUUGAACCAAUUUGCUGCACUUGCGGACAAAUUAUUGGAGUACAUAUUAAAGGUUCGUUGGAAGCACCUGACAAAGUCAAACACAUUAAAUGUGACUGGUUCUUUGUCGACAAAUGCAAUGUCACACAGAAGAGUUUGAGUGAAAAAAUGAGUAAUAUUGUUAUUAGACCAAAAGUGAUUUCUAUGAAUGAUUCGCCUGUCAUUGCCGGCGGACAGAAGACUUUAUCUUUUGCUUAA